AUGUCAGUGAGUGCGCCGUACAAUGCCGCGGCGGCUGAUAACAUUGAUGCGUAUGCUUUCUGCAACUCGUUCUGGGGCGAGAAUGACGCUGGAUACCAUGUGAUGCAAAGUUUUAUCAAAAAUACGACUCGGACUAUGGAAGAUCUGCGGACAUUUUACCAGGAGCGGGCUGAGAUCGAGCGAGACUAUGCGAAACGAUUGUCAAAAUUAGCGAAAACAUCGCUAGGAAAGUAUGAGACAGGUCCCAUGCGCCAUGCACUCAACACUGUGCGCAUCGAAACAGAAGCACAGUCAAAAUCACAUUCGCAGCUGGAGAAUUCGAUCCGGAAAGAAGUUGAGGGUCCGCUUAUUGACUUUAUGCGGCGGGUCGACAGUCUUCGGCGCGAUGCCCAAACAUCCGUGACGAAGCUCUACAAGCACAAGCAAUCACAAACACAGUACAUGAAUCGAGCACGCGAAAAGUACGAAACCAACUGUACGAAGAUCAACGCAUACACGGCGCAAAGCAAUAUGGUUCAAGGACGUGACCUCGACAAAGUCAUGGCGAAACUCGAGCGUGUCCAAUCUAACAUAGACAACGACGACCGCGACUAUGAGAGCUUUGUGCGUGCGCUGCAGGAAACGACACAGAAAUGGAAUUCCGAGUACAAGAGCUUUUUGGACAUUUGCCAGGACGUGGAAGAAGAACGCCAGGACUUUCUCAAGACGAAUGUCUGGGGUCUUGCAAAUGCCAUAUCUAGUAUCUGUGUGACGGACGAUGAGGCGUGUGAACGUGUCAGAGUUUCUCUCGAGGGCUGUGAAGCGGCGCGUGAUGUACGCGAGUUUGUGAGGGAGUUUGCCACGGGCUCCCUGAUCCCAGCGGCGCCUGACUAUGUCAACUACGCGCAAAAUAUUGCACCGCCCUCGUCUGGCACUGGCUCUGCCCACUUUUCUCGCCUCUCUACACGUGUUGGAGAAGGUAUGAAUCCGCCCAGUGCGUCUUUGCUUGCCACGCAGACGCCGGCGACUGCCCAGCUCAGCACACCUGCCUCCGCACGACCUAUGACACCGUCACUGAUGACGCCUGUACCACCCGGUGGUGGAUUGCGUCCCAUAUCACCAUCAGUCAUGGGCCCCGGCACGCCUCAGACACCCGCCUCUAUGGCGCUUCAUUCAAUGCAGGGCCCGAAUGCGCCAAACUACCUCGCUGCAAUGAGUCGUACACCACCUCCCCAAACCAUUUCCCCCGCUGCCCGCACACCGCCGCCCUCGACCUCGAAUCGGAAUAGCAUGUUUGCUCCGGGAGCCACACCCUUGGCUCAGUCACAAACACCUCACCUGCAGUCGCCCAUGAGUCCCGGAUCAGCACCGCCAUCCGCAUCGAUCCCUGCAGCGGCAUCCGGUCCUGCUCCUGGACCUGCAUCGUCACAGCCAGCAUCGCGACCGGUGUCGUCGCACAUUAGCGCAACACCUGCGUCUGAUGAGGAUGAUCCCAUCGCAAAGGCGCUGGCGAACUUACGCAUGCGCCAGAGCCGCAAAAGCCCCGCAUCAGGCAGUCGUCCAACGAGUACGAUUAGCUCACAAUCGAAUGUAAACGUGCCGCCACCACCAAAUGAACCAUCUCAUCCUGGCCAACCGGUGUCGACAGACCCUCGCUGGCAACGCGCAGUAUCGCCAGAUCCUCGGAAUGCACGUUCAACAUCGCCGGCUGCCGCGUUCAUGCAUCCACCGAAUCGUGGCACGUCACCUUUACCUUUCGAGCAGAUUCACAGUCACUACGGUCAGGCCUUCCCCACGGAACGUCGAGCAGGUACGGCCUCGCCGACCCAUCCGGCCUUGCAAGCGCAAUCAGGGCGGUCAACAACGCCUCUGGGUAUUGCGCUGGAUGCGCAUGGUCAAGUGGCACAAGACACAAUGGCUGGUCGGUAUGGCGCAGGCCCUGGUCCCGCACAGAUGGGCCCCGGAGGAGUCGCAGCAGGAGCGCCGCCACCGCCCUCCAACGAGCCGACGGGAGCGUCGCGGCUUGCUCGUCCACCUACUGGACAGUAUAGCGAGAGUGGCGAGCCGAUUCUGUUCUAUGUCAAGGCAUUGUACGAUUACCAAGCAUCGUUGCCAGAGGAAUUUAGCUUUACCGCUGGCGACAUCAUCGCUGUCACACACACUGAGCCUGACGGGUGGUGGCAAGGUGAAUUACUGGAUGAAACACGUCGCAUGCCAGGCGCAAAUACCUUCCCAAGCAACUUUGUAGUGCUUCUUAUGUAG